UUAAUUUAAGUGAUAAGCAUCGAUUCGGUGGCAAUAAUUUUUAAUAAAAUCUCGCCUGUCACUGAUUAUCGAUUGUGAAACAAUGUCGAGGCUCACUGUAUAUCAUUGUAUAACGGGGUGUUUUUUGUCACGGCAGUGUUGACAUAAAUUCAUAUCCAACAAUGCUCGUGCAUUUUUUAGGCACAUGAAUAUGCCAUUUGUCGAGAAAAUCACGCGAUAAUAAUUUUUUUCAACUCAUACGGAGAACUCAGUUGAAACUGGCACGUCGAGUGAGUGACUCAACUGGAGUAAGAAUAUUCAAUAUGAGACAUCUUCCACCGCGAAACGUUAUCGAAGAGAAUUCGCCAUUGAUUUAUGUGACAAGAAUUAUCGGAUUACGUCCCAUCGUUAUACGUCAAACAAAGUUGUUCGGUUAUUUAUACAUUCUUAUUUUUUGGAUAUUGUAUUGCACUAUGGUGUACUUAACGGUGGAUUACGCAAAGGAGUUAUUUGCCGAGUGGCGGGUAGUCUCAAAAUCAAUGACGAUCAAACCCAUUGAAUUCAUCAUGAAUAUUCUAUUCUGCACUCUAACCGCCAUCAGCAGCAUAUUUAACAGCAUUAAGGAAGAAAAUACAAACUCCGUACUCAACAAGUUUGAUGAAAAACUGAAACUACUCAACGUUAAAUUCAAUUACAAAACCUUCAUAAAAGCUGAAGUUGUGCAUGUCUUUGGAAUUGGGUUGUUUACGAUUUUAACGUGCCUCAUUGAAUACGUUAGCUUACAAAGUGCAAGUAGAACAAAUCUCUAUGUUCUCAUGUCCAUUACAAAUCAAUUACCUCAGUUAGUAAACAGUUUCGCAAUUGUUCCUUUCGUGAUUAUGUGCAUGAAGGUCAGUAAACGAAACGAGGUAAUCAAUUAUUUGAUUCCAACGAUGAGUAAUCAAAUAAGAAAUGUUCCGGCUAGUCUCUCGAUUGACAUGAACAAUGUUUUCAGGGUGAAGUUACUCAGCGAGGCUUAUGGACUACUGGCUCAUGCAGUUGCCACAAUCAAUGACACAUACGCCUCUCUUCUUCUGAUAAGUUUUAGUUUCUUCAUCAGUUGGAUUUUUAUACAUCUUCAUCUGGCUUAUUUGGAGUAUAUGGCGGGCCAACAGCACGUCGAUGUCUUCGUGAACGUGCUGUGGUUGUUAUUUUUCCUCUGGAAGUGUACUUAUAUCAUUCAUGCAUGUCAUUCAAUGAAUUCUCAGGGAAAGCGUGCCAGUAUUCUACUCCAUGAAUGCCAGACAAACUCGGAUCAUCAUUUGCUUAGGCAGGAGAUGGAAUUAUUUGCGCGCCAGGUGGAUAACACGAUUAUCAGGUUCACAGUGUACACUCUCUUUGCUAUUGAUUAUGUCAUACUACUGAAGGUUAUUCUCGCAAUGGCUGCUUACAUUUUGUUCCUCUCGCAAUUUGGAGUAGAGACCGUUCAAUGAAAGGAGCGGGUAUUGCAGAGUAUACAUAUAGCUGGAAACUGAAUGAGUUGAGUGGGUGGAUAUACACAAUGUCAAAAUCAACUGGAUCAUGGAACGCAAAUGGACUGUGGGAGGUCAUUGUUUACCGAAUGCUAUACGCACGGGAAUACACGAUUGAGCAAUAUAAACCAGAUACGCGAAGGGAUGAGGGACCGAUGACUGGAGUGAGAAUUCAAACAAACAUCUGCACGAGUACUUAUCCGGUCCAGGGAGCCCGAUGAGCCUCAUUCUCUCACAUGAGGAAAACAAUUUGCGUUCGCCAUCUCUUUGCAAACGAAUCUCGAAGAGGGAUGGGUUUGCAGCACGCGAGAGUCGAUUUAAUACAACGUCGGGUAGAAUUGACGGAAUUUCCGUAAUCGUGGGGAAAUGGGAAAUGAAAACACGGAAUGAGACAAAAAACCAAUGCAGUGCAGAGGAUUUUGUAAACAUAGAGAAUGGCGAACGUGCACACGGAAUAAAAAAAGUUUUUGAUUAGUUCAUUUUCAUUUUUAUCAAGAGACUCGUGCCUUGAAAAUUAACUAGAAUAAAGUAUUCCAGACUGAGAGAUAAAUAAAAAACUUUCUGCAAUAUAUUUUUUCCUUGUUUUCAAGAUGAGAAUAAUGUCUUUAUAAUAUAAAAGUAACUUCUCUUGUUGAAGCAAUUUAUUUGAUAGAUUUUAAGUCUCCAAUUCAACGUGUGAUAAUUUGGUUAAUGAUAGAUUAAUUCAUGUGUAAAAAAUAAAGCCUCAAAUGAAAUUUUAAAUUAUAUCAACUAUUA